AUGAGUGACAGAAAUCACGUCGAUGACUCCAACUUCGUCGUCACGAAAGGCAAGAGACCGGGUGUUGAUGACUAUGGGAACAACUAUAGCUACUCACCAGGCGACAUGGUCUAUCUGUUCAUAUCCGGUCGGAGGGAAGGGCCAUACAAGAUUGAGGGUGCAAAUGAUGGAAAGUACACACUAUGCAACAGUUCGGGAGUGACUGUCAAGAAUGGUCGAGCGUAUCCCGAGCACCAACUGGAGCUGUAUGAUCCUUUCGCAUGA